AUGCCUGCUUGCGACGAAGAAGGGGGCAGUACGGCAAGCAUGGCUGCUCGCGACGGGGAUGGGGAGAGCUCCGCUGCUAGCGACGGAGAAGGGGGAGAUUCGGCUAGAGUUGUUGCUCGCGAGAAGAAGGAGGUCCGGCUGACGUUGCUGCUCUUGGUAGGGAUGGGGGAGGUUGGGCUGGCGUCGCUGCUCAUGGCGGGGAGGGAAGGUCACUGCUCGCAGCAGAGAAGGGAGCCGUCGAAGGGAGAGAAUCCUGUUGGAGGCGACAGGCGAGGUCAGGGGCGAGCGGAAAAGGAGAUCGAGCGUUUUCGGUUCCCACAAGGUAAACCUUGUUUUCGGAACCUGCCCCUUGUUUAUAAUAGCGUAGAAUUAUUAUUACUACUAUAUUUUCACUUUGACAACAAGAUGCCUGUGGCACGAGGCGCCAAGAAGCCGGGUCCUGUCGACUCCGACUCUGACGACGAUGGUCUCAUCUCCAAAAAGCCGACCAAAUCGUCCACCUAUUCGGUUCCUACCGGCAACAAGAAGCAGUACAAGGAUGGGUUCAAGGACUCCGGCGGGCUGGAGAACCAGUCGGUGGAGGAGCUCGAGAACUACGCGGCGUACAAGGCCGAGGAGACCACGGACACGCUCAACGGCUGCCUCCGUAUCGCUGAGAACAUCAAGGAGGAUGCUGCCAACACGAUGAUAACCCUGCAAAAGCAGGGGGAGCAGAUCAGCAGGACCCACGAGAAAGCCGUCGAGAUCGAUCAGGACCUCGCCAAGGGUGAGGGGCUCCUGAAUAGCCUUGGAGGGUUCUUCUCCAAGCCAUGGAAGCCCAAGAAAACAAAGAAGAUCAAGGGGCCAGUGUCGCGAGAUGAUUCCUUCAAAAAGAAGACGAGCCGAAUGGAACAGAGGGAUAAGCUAGGGCUGAGCCCUCGAGGGAAGGGGAAUACCCGCGAGUACGGCGAUGCCACAAAUGCCAUGGACAAAGUUCAGUUGGAGAAGAAAAAACAGGAUGAUGCCCUCGACGACCUCAGUGGCGUGCUGGGGCAGCUCCAGGGCAUGGCUGUUGACAUGGGAUCAGAGCUUGAUAGGCAAAACAAAGCACUCGAUGAUAUGCACGGCGACGUGGAAGAACUCAACUCCAGGGUGAAGCAAGCGAACCAGCGCGCCCGCAAGAUUCUCGCCGAUUAG